AUGGUCGACAAAGACACCAAUGGAAAGGCAAAGUUUCAUCAGAUUGAUCCAUGGCACAUGAUGCAUUUAGGCGUGGGCAAAAGUUGGAGUGCCUCAGGGCUGAUGCUGCUCCAAGAGCAAGUGGAUGAGCCAAACCAAGACCUGCGCAUUGCUGUUCUGUCGAACGAGUACAAACAGUUCUGCAAGAGGGCGAAGCUUGUUGCACACAUCAAGAAGAUCGACCGCUACACUCUGGGAGGUGGUGGCAGCAACGAGCCGAACGGGACAUGGAAUAAAGCAUCUGUGACAUCCAACAUGCUCUUGUUUCUGGAAGAUUACUGCAACCGCAACAGUGAAAUCUUGAAGGGAAAUCAGCAGCUUGAGAUUUUUGCCAAGGGAACGCAAAAGAUCAACCAGUUCUUUCGCGGAAUAUACAGUGAGGGCGUUUUCAUUGCAGGCCCCAAGGGAUUGACAUUGAGUAGCGCCCUGCGUGAUUUCAUUCAGACCUACGUCUGUGAAGCUGCACUAUCUCAUGAAAAUGGGUGCAACUAUUUCCCAUUAUUCCCGAAGCUGCACUUCCUCCACGAACUGUCGCAUCAAAUGAGAAGGCAAUGCCAGUUGGCAAACGUGUGCAUGAAUCCUGCAUCUAUGAGUUGUUCAAUCGACGAAGAUUUUAUAGGCCGAUUGGCCACGUUGACUCGGUGCGUGAGCCCGAGGCUUUGCGCGCUUCGGACGUUGCAGCGCUAUUUAUGUCACAUCCAGCUGGCAUGGGCACACAAGUGA